AGAGAACACAACAGCUUUCAAAGAGCAAUGUGAUUUUUUUCUUCUUCUUCAAAUCAUCAUCCCUAAGACAAAGCCGAGGCACAGGAAGGAUCCGAAUGCCGCAUCCCUAUGACGUGUGUGACUGACAGGAUGUCUAUGACGUGUGUUACAGAGCACUCCCGCAGCGUGUAUGACAGUAUCCCUAUGGCUUGUAUGGCAACAUCCCUGUGACGUGUAUGGCAGCAUCCCUAAGACCAGCCUAAGAGAGCCUUUAGCAUCCCGAAGACCAAGUCGAGGCACAGGGAGGAUCCGGACGCCGUGGCUCUUGUAAACAAAGUAGUGGGAACGGACGAGCUGCCUUGCCUUCACCCAAGCCUGCUGGACACUUUUCUGGAGUUCACAGAGCCUCCUUGCCCUGGUGUGUGUCGCCUCAGCCCCGGUCCGAGCAUAGGCCUCCCUGUAUGCCCAAAGGAAAGGGGCGGGUGGGAGGGGGCCGUGUGGCCGCCCCCACCCCGCUGCCUGACUCACCUGCUGCCCCCGCUAAAAUUGAGCAGUAGAAUUCAUCUCUAACAGGGUAACCCAAUCAGUGGCUGCCCUCCGCUAACCUUCCCAUGAUGGAAGCUCCUCCCUCACCCUCCCUCCCUGUCUUUAAGGAGGAGGAAGAUGUUGAGGGGAGGAAGCAGAGUGAGGCCAAGAAGUGCAGGGUGUGUGGUGAUCGAGCUCUGGGAUACAACUUUAAUGCCAUCACCUGUGAGUCAUGCAAGGCUUUCUUCAGGCGAAAUGCCCUCAAGAAGAAAGAAUUCAACUGUCCCUUUCAAGGAGAGUGUCAGGUGGACCAAGUGACGAGAAGGUUCUGCCAGAAGUGUCGCCUCAGGAAGUGCUUUGACAUUGGCAUGAAGAAGGAAUGGAUUAUGACGGAGGAAGAGAAGAGGAAGAAGAAGCAGAAGAUAGAAGAGAACAGAGCCAAGAAGAUAACGGGAGAGGUGGGCCAGGAGGGUGAUGAGGGCGAAAACAGCCAAAGUAGUAAUAGUAAUAAUAAUAUGAGCAGCAAUAAUGAUAAUGAUAAUAAUAGUGAUAGUAACAAUAAUGAAAGUGAAGGUAAUGAUGCGCCUGUGUCCUUGCCAACACCCAUCACCUCUGCCUCGCCUCUCCCAGCCAAGCCUCAAGCUGUGGUGGUCGGGGUCAUAAGAGAAGGUGACUCACUGCCACUUAAGGUAGCAAGAACAGAAGACAGAGCACAUGUCCACCAUCACAGUCAGCUGGAGCAGGUCAUCAGGGGUAAUCUCUCUGAGUGUUCACCAAGUUCAGCUUUAGAUAACACUAACAAGCUCAGUGAUGGAGAGCCCUGCGUCAUGCCUCUGGGUGGACCUCCCGCCCCCGCCACGCUGGAGGGGGACCACAAGGCCUCGGACCCCUGCCUGGCUGACAUGUUCGCCAUCAGCAUCAAAAAAGAAGUUGAGUACAUGGAUGACCACAACCAAUCUUCAACCAGCACCAACACCCACCACAGCCAUCACCAGCUCCACCACUACCAGACGCACUCACCACACCACCACCACCCGUACCACAAUAACCAGUAUAGCCAUGACCAGCCUCCACCACUACCACACCCAACACCACCACACAGCACCACACCACUCCACAGCCACUCCACGUCUCCGCCACACCACACUUCAGCGCCACACUACCAGACAAGUGAAGGUGGUGGAAAACCAGAUGAUGCCUGUCAGAGGUUCAGCGUGAGGGAAGCCAUGCAGAUACUACACCCAGAAGACAAGGACGCGGAUAAUAGCUCCUCUGUGAUGGACACCCUCAUGAACACGGCUAUCCAGGCAGAGUACUCGUCCCCCCUGCUCUCCCUACACCCCUCUCCGCCGAGUGAGCUCAACGAGGCAGAGCGAGCCAAGCUGGAGGAGCUGACUGAGGCCAAUAAGGGUCUGCUUGCUCCACUCUGUGAGGACUACAACUUUAAGGACCUGAGCAACCCUUCGCUCAUCAAUGUGAUCAACCUCACUGAAAUAGCAAUUCGCCGCCUCAUCAAGAUGGCCAAGCGAAUAUCCUCCUUCAAGACCUUGUGUCAAGAGGACCAGAUUGCCCUGCUCAAAGGCGGCUGCACGGAGAUGAUGAUCCUGCGCUCGGUCUGUGCCUAUGAUCCAGACAAAGACUCGUGGAAGAUCCAACAAGACCACAGCAAGACCCAGGAUAUCAAGCUGAAGGUCCUCAAGGCAGCUCCAGGCAACGUCUAUGAGGAACACAAGCGCUUCAUUCUUGCCUUUGAACCAGAGUGGAGGAAAGACCCACACAUCAUAUUUCUCCUGUGUGCCAUAACACUCUUCAGCCCCAGAAGACACCAUAUCAUACAUGCUGAUACCAUACUACAUGAACAGUGCUCGUACCUGUACCUGACGAGGCGCUACCUGGCCGCCCGCUACAACCCCUGCGCCGGCCGGGCUGUCUACCACCAGCUGCUGCACCGCCUGGCCCACCUCCACCGCCUCAGUGAGGAGCAUGUACGCCUGUUCCUGGAGGUCAACCCCAAGCAAGUGGAACCCUUGCUCAUAGAAAUAUUUGACCUCAAGCAGCGAUGAGGGGCACUCCCUGGGCUGUGUGUGUGGUAUGUGUGUGUGUGUGUGUGUGUGUGUGUGUGUGAGAGAGAGAGAGAGAGAGAGAGGGAGAGAGAGAGAGAGAUUCAUGACCACUGUAGCAAAAGUAUGUUGAUUACGGUAUAUUGUAUCUUGCCAUCUAGAUCUUGGGAAAUUUUAUAUAUAUAUAUAUAUAUAUAUAUAUAUAUAUAUAUAUAUAUAUAUAUAUAUAUAUAUAUAUAUAUAUAUAUAUAUAUAUAUAUAUAUAUAUAUAUAUAUAUAUAUAUAUGGUAUUUCUAUUGAUUUUAUAGUAAACUAAAGCAAUGUGAAUAUGUUAUAAUCACUAAGUAAUGGUAUGCAGUGUGUAGAGUCUUGACAGAUGAUAAAGAUAUAUUUAUAGGAAUGAACUAUUGUAUAAAAGAGUCAGUAUAUUAUUAUUAAGUGGUUAGCCUGACAGUAACAGUGUGCAGUGUUUUCCAUAGCAGUGCUAGGCCAUUGUACAAACAAGUUGUUAGCUCCUGGAGCAGUGUUGAAGGGGCAGUGUUGCUGACAAGGAGGAGGAGAGUGACAGUCUCCCGCAGCAGUGCAUUAAACACUGUCAUCAUAA